GGGCUCAGCGCUGCGCUAGAAAGGCAGACCCCGGUUAUCCGGCGAGAGCACAGGCAGGCGGCGCGCUCUCAGCACGGCGAUGGCGCUGCGCACUGGCCGAGUCUUUACUUUAUCGCUAACGUUAGUGGUCUUACUGGUCGCUGGUAGCCCGCAGCUCUCCCUGUCGUGUCCAAGCCGCUGUCUGUGUUUCCGCACGACCGUCAGAUGCAUGCACUUAAUGCUGGAGACUGUACCUGCCGUGCCUCCGCAGACCACCAUCCUAGACCUGAGGUUCAACAAAAUAAAGGAGAUACAGCCUGGUUCUUUUAGACAAUUAAAGAACCUGAACACUCUGCUCCUAAACAAUAAUCAGAUACGAAGAAUUCCAAGAGGAGCUUUUGAAGACUUGGAAAACCUGAAAUAUCUCUACUUGUACAAGAAUGAAAUCCAAUCAAUUGACAGACAGGCUUUUAAGGGACUUGUCUCUCUAGAGCAACUGUACUUGCACUUCAAUAACAUAGAGACAUUGGAGCCUCAGGCAUUUACUCACCUCCCAAAACUCGAGCGACUGUUCCUGCACAACAACAGGAUAACGCACCUCGUCUUUGGGACAUUCUCCCACUUGCAGUCCAUGAAGAGGCUCCGCCUGGACUCCAACACGCUGAACUGUGACUGUGAGCUGCUGUGGCUGGCAGACCUGCUGAAGCAGUACGCGGAGUCGGGCAACGCCCAGGCCGCUGCCACCUGCGAGUUCCCCAGCCGCCUGCAGGGGCGAUCCGUGGCUGCACUGACCGCCGAGGAGCUCCAGUGCGAGGUCCCCAGGAUCACAUCUGAGCCACAGGAUGUGGACGUCAGCUCAGGGAACACUGUGUACUUCACCUGCAGGGCGGAGGGAAACCCCAAACCUCAAAUAAUCUGGCUGAGAAACAACAAUGCUCUGAACAUGAGGGACGACUCUCGGCUGAAUCUUCUGGAGGACGGCACACUGAUGAUCCAGGACACUAGGGAAACUGACGAGGGCGUGUACCAGUGCAUGGCGAAGAAUGUGGCCGGGGAGGUGAAGACCUCCGAAGUCACACUGCGGUACUUUGGGACGCCAUCGAGGCCAAGCUUCGUCAUCACGCCCCAGAACACAGAGGUCCUCGUGGGCGAGAGCGUCACCUUGGAGUGCAGUGCUACGGGCCAGCCCCACCCCCGUAUCUCUUGGACAAAGGGUGACCGGACCCCCUUGCCUACCGACGCCCGCAUUAACACCACACCCUCCGGGGGCCUUUACAUUCAGAAUGUCAAACAGAGCGACGGGGGCCAGUAUACCUGCUUUGCCAGCAACAACAUUGACACCAUUCACGCGGCGGCCUACAUCAUAGUGCAAGCAAAGCCCCAAUUCACAGUCACCCCUCAGGACCAGUCUGUGCUGGAGGGGCACACAGUUGACUUCCAUUGUGAGGCCAGUGGACACCCCCAGCCGGUCAUCGCCUGGACUCGGGGGGGCAGCCCACUGCCAUCUGACCGGAGGCAUGCGGUCCUCUCCACGGGCGUCCUGCGGAUCGCCCGCGUGGCACUGCACGAUCAGGGCGAGUAUGAGUGCCAAGCCAUCAGCGUGGUGGGCAGCAUCAGGCAUGCAGUGCAGCUCACUGUCCAGCAGCGAGUAACGCCUGUUUUCACAAAUGCUCCAAGGGACAUGACGGUGGAGUCUGGCACGGAUGCGCAGGUUCCGUGCAGCGCUCUGGGAGAACCUGAGCCUGUCAUCACGUGGAACAAGGACGGCAUUCAAAUCACAGAGAGUGGCAAGUUCCACAUCAGUCCCGAGGGCUUCCUGGAAGUGAGGGACGUGGGCCUGGCAGACAGGGGGCGCUAUGAGUGCAUAGCCCGCAACAGCAUUGGCUACUCCUCAGUCAGCAUGGUGCUUACAGUCCAGGUCCCUCAGGUGAGUAGGAAUGGCGACCUCUUUGUGGCCACGUCCAUCCAGGAAGCCAUCCGCAAUGUGGACAGCGCCAUUGACUCCACCCGGAGGGAACUCUUCCACGGGAAUCCCCGGACCCCCGCGGAGCUUCUGGCCCUCUUCCGGUACCCCCGCGACCCUUACACAGUGGAACAGGCGCGGGCAGGGGAGAUCUUUGAGCAAACCUUGCUCCUCAUCCAGAGGCACGUCAACCAGGGGCUGAUGGUGGACACCAACGGCACGGCUUUCCGCUACAAUGACCUGGUGUCUCCCCGUUUCCUGGACAUGAUCGGCAACCUGUCGGGCUGCACGGCCCACCGGCGCUUCAACAACUGCUCGGACAUCUGCUUCCACCAGAAAUACCGCAGCCACGACGGAACCUGCAACAACCUGCAGCACCCCAUGUGGGGCGCCUCGCUCACCGCCUUCGAGCGCCUGCUCAAGUCCGUCUACGACAACGGCUUUAACCUGCCCCGCGGCGUCACCGACAGGGUGCAAAACAGCUUCCCGCUACCGCUUCCCCGUCUCGUGUCCACCACCAUGAUCGGCACGGAGACCAUCACCCCCGACGACCGCUACACGCACAUGCUGAUGCAGUGGGGCCAGUUCCUGGACCACGACCUGGACUCUACGGUGGUGGCGCUCAGUCAGUCCCGCUUCUCGGACGGGCAGCUGUGCAGCUCGGCGUGCACCAACGACGCGCCCUGCUUCCCCAUCAUGUUCCCACCCGGCGACCAGCGGCAGCUGCGCAGCGGUGCGCGCUGCAUGUUCUUCGUGCGUUCCAGCCCCGUGUGCGGCAGCGGCAUGACCUCGCUGCUCAUGAACUCCGUGUUCCCGCGUGAGCAGAUCAACCAGCUCACCUCCUACAUCGAUGCCUCCAACGUGUACGGCAGUUCUCGCCGCGAGGCCGACGAGAUCCGCGACCUGGCCAGCCAGCGCGGGUUGCUGCGGCAGGGCAUCGUGCAGCGCUCCGGCAAACCUCUGCUGCCCUUCGCCACUGGCCCGCCCACCGAAUGCAUGCGGGACGAGAAUGAGAGUCCCAUCCCAUGCUUCCUGGCCGGCGACCACCGCGCCAACGAGCAGCUGGGCCUGACGACCAUGCACACGGUAUGGUUCCGUGAGCAUAACCGCGUUGCCUCCGAGCUGCUGAGGCUCAACCCGCACUGGGACGGAGACACCGUCUACCACGAGGCACGCAAGAUUGUCGGCGCCCAGAUGCAGCAUAUCACCUACAGCCACUGGCUGCCCAAGGUACUGGGCGAGGUGGGCACCAAGAUGCUGGGCGAGUACCGUAGCUACAACCCCAACGUCAAUGCCGGCAUCUUCAAUGCCUUUGCCACGGCUGCCUUCCGCUUCGGUCACACUCUCAUCAACCCGGUGCUGUACCGGCUAGACGAGCACUUCCAGCCCAUUGCCCAGGGACACAUCGCCCUCCACAAAGCCUUCUUUUCCCCCUUCCGCAUCGUCAACGAGGGCGGCAUCGACCCGCUUCUGCGCGGCCUCUUUGGCGUGGCGGGCAAGAUGAGGGUGCCCACCCAGCUGCUCAACACCGAGCUGACAGAGCGCCUCUUCUCCAUGGCACACACUGUGGCGCUGGACUUGGCCGCCAUGAAUAUCCAGCGGGGCCGAGACCACGGAAUCCCCCCCUACAACGAUUACAGGGUCUUCUGCAACCUCACGUCUGCGCAUGCCUUCAACGACCUGAGGAACGAGAUCAGAGACCCCAGCGUAAGAGAGAAGCUGCAGAGGCUCUACGGCACCCCGCUGAACAUCGACCUGUUCCCGGCGCUGAUGGUGGAGGACCUGGUGCCUGGGAGCCGGCUGGGUCCCACACUCAUGUGUCUGCUGGUGACGCAGUUCAAACGCCUGAGAGACGGUGACAGAUUCUGGUACGAGAACCCAGGCGUGUUCAGUCCUGCCCAGCUGACGCAGCUGCGGCAAGCAUCCCUGGCCCGUGUGCUGUGCGACAACGGGGACAACAUUACACGCGUGCAGUCAGACGUGUUCAGUGUGGCAGGCGUGCCCCAUGACUACGGGAGUUGUGACGACGUGCCCAGAAUCGACCUGCGUCUGUGGCAAGACUGCUGUGAAGACUGCAGGACGAAGGGCCAGUUUAACACCUUGUCCUACCACUUCCGUGGCAGACGUUCUGCGGAACACAGCUUUGCCGAGGAGAACAGCCUCAACGAGGGGGAGGACGUCAGGAGCACUGAAGACGCCCAGGAUAAGCCUGCGAACACCUCCCUCGCCCCGAAGCUGCACGCUGAACCCCCAGUAACCGACUUCCAGGACUUUGUCACUGACAUGCAAAAGACCAUCAGGAGUUUACGGAAGCAGAUUAAACGUCUGGAAGGCCGCCUGAGCAGCACGGAGUGCACCGAUUCGGAGGGACGGGAGCGCUCCAGCUCCGAGAGGUGGAAGGAGGACCCCUGCACGUUAUGCGAGUGCAAAAAUGCUCAGGUCACCUGUUUUGUGGAGGCCUGUGUCCCAGUGGCCUGCCAGCGACCUGUCAAGCUAAAAGGAGAGUGCUGUCCUGUGUGCUUAGACGAGGCAGGGGGCAGCCGGCCGGGGGCAUGAAAGCAGGAGUCCCCACGCUGACGAACAUGACACUAUAUUACAUGAGAGACCUGCAGGGGGCGCCUCACCCACUGGCAUCCAAGCGCCUCAAAUUUUUGUUAUUAUUUUUCAUUAUUAUUUUUAUUAUUUGUUGGGGUUUUUCUUGGUUUUCAUACCCCCAAAGGUUGUCCAUCUGGGACUUGGUGUGACCACUGACAACGACACAGCGGUUUCUGAGUCUCCUGCUAAUAUAGGCGUGCUGUAGCCACUUCCUGCCCCGAGGGGGCGCUGCGCCCAUUGAGGGGCCGUCCACACGCACCUACUCACUAUGCAAAAUCCCAACACUUGGUCAGAAGAAAAGGACUAUCGCACUGCAGUCAGUUUGAAAGGGAUGCGGACAGGUCACCGUCAGCCAUAUUGUUUUACAAAGCUUUCUCAGGUUAGACAAGAAAACUGGUGCUAUGUCUUAGUUUCAUUUUGUUUUGUUUUUUCCCUCCCACUGAUUAACAGUUUAGCUACUAAUUACAGCCUUACGUAUUUGGCAUUUUUGUUGUUACAAUAUGCAAAGCUUCAUAUAUACGUUCAUUAUGUGCCUUUUAAUCUUAAAUCACAUCUGAAAGAACCUUUAAUGAUUGCUCUGAAGACAUUUUAUAUAUAAAAUGACUAGAGUUAUUUCAGCUUUUACUAAACUUUUGAGGUGCCUUGUAUCAGCUAUGAUUGUGUAUGUCCCUUAUUGUAUGACUUGUUACACAUGAAGAUAAUGUGAAGACUUUUUUUAAAAAAAAAAAAAACCUUUUGUAAUGGAAAAAGAAAUCUACUGAUUACUUAAUUGUUUUUUCCUUCUUCUCCAAUUGGUAACUCCGCUGACAUCUGUGAUGAUCAUUUGUUUGUGUUUUAUAAGUACAGCUUUUAAAUGAGUGGUCUGACCACAUUUCUCACUAGCCACGUAGAUAGGCCUUUCCAUGUGUAUGACAGCUGUUAAAAUCCAGGUCCGCCUCACUUCACCUGAGCUCCUUUUCACCUGCAUGUUUCAGUGCUGUCAGUGACUCCCCCCCAGUAUUUUUUUAACGUCGCUCAGUGGUGCACCAAAGCAGUAUUUAUAGCAAUACACUGGUCCAUUCUCUCCAGUCUCCAUGCGAUGCACUGAGAAGGGCACUCAUGUCCACGCUGAAGGAUUUUGGCCAUACCUCACUGCAGGCCUGUUUUUAUUGCCCGCUGUCCCUCCAAAGUCGAGGAUCCGUCUGCCAGGUCAUGUGACUUUCUGCAGCACAACAUGCUCACUUUGUCCUUAAAUGUCUAAUGGAAGUCGACUGGAAUGGAGGGCUCCUCUGUGUUGCGCGCCCAUUGGCCGGUCGGAGGGCAUGUUUGCAGGAGUGACGUUCUUUGAGGAAGUGGGAUGCUGGGCUCAGUACUGUAAAAUGCUGCACUUUUUAUUACUUUUGUCCUCAGCGUCCACCCCCACCCCCACCCCCACUGCUCAUGGUUUAAGGCGCUGACAUCAUUUCAUUUCCAUUUUUGAGAAUUUGAGUUUCUGGCUCUCGUCUCAAGAGCUCAUGGUGACAUGCAGAAAAAAAUUAUAUUAAGGUGACGUUAUUUGGCGUGACUGCAGGGAGUAGAUGUGAGAUUCCACUAUAGCCUUGAUUGCCCGCUAACAAAAGCCAUAUGACUCUGUCCUUCUGGGAGGAGAUGCUGAUCUUUAAGUUUUUUUGUGGGGGGUGAGUAAGGCGCCGUCAAAUCGAAUGGGGGAUUUUGAACACAAAGGAUGAUUCUGAUGAAAGCGCAUAGUUCACUAUACUCUGAGGGACAUUUUUCUAACGUGAAAUAAAUUCUCAGCAUUGCAUAAACAAGCUAGCUGCAGUGUGUGAUGUUGCGUCUAUGAAGCUGUCCGCUCAGACUGAAAGAAUUCACCAGGGAGACAGACGUUAUUUAGACGGAGGAGUGCUGUUUACGUCAGCCCAGGACCUUAAACCCCUGGCUGUUACUGGCAAGUUACUGUGAGAACAGUCGGCUGUUUCAAGUGAGUCACUAGUGCUUAAAUUCAUAGUGUUCAUACCCUGUAAAUAAUUUUGUUGCUAUGAUACUGUUGAAUAACUGACAGGCUACAGCUACUUUCCGGUAGGUCACAAUGUCACCUUUUUCCUUCAGCAUAGACUCAUGUGUUAGUUAAGAUGUGGUUUCAGAGUGAAUAAUGUGCAGUAUAACACUUGUGUGAUUGGGGGUUGGUAAUGUAUUCACAUGAUGCUUUUCGCAUGUGACGGGCUUUCUUUGUUUUUAAGGUUUGUUUCCAUUCCCUCCCCUGCCUGCUUGUAGACAGGCCUAUCGCCCCAUUUUCUCUUCAGGCACUCGUGUGUUUUUUCUGUUGACCAGCUGACCCCCACGGCCGACUCUUUUGACAUCGUGACUUUUCUCCCAUUUGAUAACAAAGAUCUGUUCCAUGGUGCAGCCUUCAUAACGGUUAGUCAGGGUUCACUCUGAGGAAAGGCCACCAAAAUAGCAAACCAAUGAAUGCAAAAACUGCAUUUAUUAUUUCUGACCACAUCAAAUAUAUAUAUAUAUAUAUUUUUAAGCGUCUGUCUCCGAGACCGUCUCCAAGGCUGAGCCUUAUCUCGACCCACUGUCCUGCAAGAUCGAUUGCUUCCCCUACUUUGUUCCAGAGUUUGCAUUUGGACAUCGGUUUGUAUUGUUUUAAAAAAAAAAAAAAAAAAAUUGCCAAAGAAAUGUUUGCACUGUGAUGUAUGUUUCUCAGUCCAAUUAAAUGAACCACACACUCAAUAAAGUUGUCACGUUUCUAUCCUUCAUGGACACUGCAGUCGCUCUUGGAUUAAUGAGGGAAAAUGUAAAUCCUGCCCAGUCAUAAAUGUACGAGACAACAGGUCACAGAACAGCAGACAGCUGUGUGUUUGAAGGUGGCGGCUAUAUAACUCUGUAAUAUUUGCAACAUGCUGUUUUUUGUUUUUGUUUUUUUAAAAAAGGUGUUUAAAUGAAUGUUAGCUUUUCUGUUCAUUUAUUUAUUCAUUAAAAAUUAUGUAGUUGGUAAAGAA